AUGCCUUAUCUUCAAAAAACGCAACUAUUGCAACAUGAUCAAAUAGUUGAGGACCCAUCUUUAGUCCAAGUGUCUUCACGUUGGUUUGGUACGAGCUAUGCCUUGUGUACCUCGUCACUGGUCAUGGGAGCAAUGUCGAGCAUUUUAUAG